AUGAGCUACUAUGGCAACUACUACAAUGGCCUGGGCUAUGGCUACGGUGGCCUAGGCUGUGGCUAUGGCUAUGGUGGCUAUGGCAGCUAUGGCGGCUAUGGCAGCUAUGGUUAUGGCUGCCGCCAUCCCCUGUGCUGUAGAAGAUACUGGUCCUAUGGCUUCUACUGA